ACUUGAUCUUCUUGUUAGGAAACCUGCUUCUUUAUGACUCUGGUUGUGUUUUGUGCUUGUGCAGAGUGAGGUGGUGACCGAGCAGACGUUUGUAUGUGACUGCCUUCAUGUCUGUAUUGUCUUUAAAGCUCUUUGUUCUUGUUCUGCACACAGCUGCUCCUGCUCAAGCCUGACUUUGUGUUUUAUUCUCUCCAGGUGACUUAACUGUGAGUUCCAAAGUCAUCGCCGUCCAUAAUGAGCCGACUCGGAUGAAGCGGGAGCGUCUGUGUCUCACCUCGGACCCUUCAUGGAUUAACGAUGGCGUUUCGACUGCGACAGGGAGGACGGCCACACCUUGUGUUUUCUGGGAAUUCUGGGAACGCGUUUGUUUGAAACAGGAUUGGAUUAUCGGACGGGCGUCGGUUCGUUGAAGAGCGGGAGAUGUUCCUCAACAAGAUUUGACUGCAAAACAGAGUUCGAGUCAAGCAUGGAGCAGGAUUUCACACAGUAGGAUCUGUGAAGGCUCGUCUGCAUCAUCCUGGACUAGCGUUAGCCAGUGUUGGUGGAUGUUCCAACUCCUGACACCCAGUUUAACCUGAAAACAAACCAAACUAGACUGUAGCGCGGUGAACUCUUCCACUGGUCAUCGUCGUGAAUGGACGUCUGACCCGUCCAGAGCUAGAGGGUGACUUUUUCCCUUCAGCUUCAAACUCCAGGUCAGUGUCUCGCUGCAAAAACAAACUACAAACAUGGCUGCUACGGGACGGAAGCACCUGGUGAGAGACUUUAACCAUUUCAUCACCUGCUACCUGUGUCGGGGUUACCUGAUUAAACCGACCACGGUCACCGAGUGCCUGCACACCUUCUGUAAGAGCUGCAUCGUGCAGCACUUUGAGGAGAGCAACGACUGUCCCAAGUGUGGCAUCCAGGUCCACGAGACCAACCCGCUGGAGAUGCUCAGGUUGGACAACACUCUGGAGGAGAUCAUUUUCAAGCUGGUGCCCGGGCUCAGAGAAAGAGACUCGCAGAGCCUUUAAUGCAAACAGCCGUCGGCGUGCAGACGAGCGAACACGCUGCGAGGCCAUGCUGGAUCAUGUGCUGUUUAACCAGGAGGAGAAGGACGAAGACAGGAAACGGGAAACUUUCCAGCUUUUUCUCUGUAGUUCUCUUGUCACGCUGGACCGUCGGUGUCCUGCUUCUUCUUCUGGUUGUUUUUGAUCCAACACGUCGUCAGGGCUCCAUGUAUGAUGCAUGUUAGCAGAAAUCUGGUAAAAACAUAGAAGCAUCCACCUUCUGACACUGAGAACAUCUUGGCAACCACCUUAGAAACACCACAAACACGUCAGCAUCCCUCUGGCUCCACCAACCUCAACACUUUAUUACCAGUUUAGCUAAGACCCCUAGCAACCAACCUAGCAACAAUCUCAG